UCGUACGCGGUUAGAGUUUGAUCUCAGGCCAGGAUUGGAAAGGUGUUGGGUUUAAGUGGAGCUGGGAAGGGUUAGACGGAGAAGACAAGGGACACUGGGAAAGUCUGGGGUGCAGAACUGUUAGCAAACGGGACCGUGCGAGCAGCGAGGAACGGAACCGCAGGUUGCGGGCCUGCGCCGACAUGUUCUGCAGGACGAGCCCAGGGUCCACCUCCCCGGCCAGGAGGCAGAAUAAGGAGAAGGAGAUCAAGGAGACCAAAAUCACUAUCAACUGCGUCACCUUCCCUGUGCCCACGUCUGUGCCGGAGCAGCAGCUUCUCAAGCCCAGUGAAUGGAGCUACUGCGACUAUUUCUGGGCCGAUAAGAGGGACCCUCAGGGGGCCACAGUGUCAGGGUUUGAGGUGCUGCUGCAGAAACAGCUGAAGGGGAAGCAGAUGCAGAAAGAGAUGGCAGAGUUCAUCAGAGAAAGGAUAAAAAUCGAAGAGGAAUAUGCCAAGAACCUUUCCAAACUCUCCAUGUUCCCAAUGGCAGCGCAAGAGGAAGGGACUCUUGGAGAUGCUUGGGCCCAACUGAAGAAGAGUCUAGCUGAUGAAGCCGAGGUCCAUCUCAAGUUCUCCUCAAAGCUCCAGAGUGAAGUCGAGAAGCCUUUACUGACCUUCAGAGGAGACAACUUUAAAAAAGACAUGAAGAAAUACGACCACCACAUUGCUGACCUGAGGAAGCAGCUGGUCAGCCGUUAUGCUGCUGUGGAGAAGGCACGGAAGGCUCUAGCGGACAGACAGAAGGAUCUUGAAGUGAAAACACAGCAGCUUGAGAUCAAAUUGAGCAACAAAACAGAGGAGGAUAUUAAGAAAGCCCGACGGAAAUCCACACAAGCAGGUGAUGAUCUGAUGCGCUGUGUGGACCUUUACAAUCAGGCUCAGUCAAAGUGGUUUGAGGAGAUGGUCACCACAAGCCUGGAGUUGGAGAGGUUGGAGGUGGAGCGGGUAGAGACGAUACAGCAGCUUCUGCGUCAGUACACCACACUGCGGCAUGAGACAGACAUGUUCAAUCAAAGUACGAUGGAGCCGGUGGACCAGCUCCUGCAGAGUGUGGAUCCUGCCAAAGACAGAGAGUUCUGGGUAAAGGAACACAAGACGGGGGAUCUGAGACCUGUGGACAUGGACAUCUAGACAAAAAACACACACACACACACACACACACACACAUUAUACUAUAUGAAUCUACCUGCAUGCCUGUCUACCUGAGUACUUCAACCUCUCAGCCAAAGCCAUACAGGUAUCACCCCUUGAAGCACUGCUUGUUUUGUGGAUUUCCACUGAAAAUAUUAGAUAAUUACAAACUCAAAGCUUUAUAGAAGAUUUUCUUAAUGUCAUGUGGAAAGAGUGGAGGGAAAGGACAGCAGACGCAUUAUGAUACUGAGUAGCCAUCCAUAUAAUCCUGCAUGUCCUUUUAAUAAGAUGCUACUUAAGACUUCCCGGUAUGUCUAUUAUACAUUAACAUGAUUCAAGUAGUCGAGGCACCAUUGAUAUAGAUCUGAACAAACACUGUACAGUAAAACACCUCUUUGUUUAUUUGCCGCAGUGGAUGCCUGUUAAACAAGUUUCAUCCAAUCAAUUUUUUUUUUCUUUUUGAUGUUGAAAUAGUGUACGCACAUUGAACUACACAGCUAGUUUGCAGAUAUUUACAGUUGCCUGGACUAAAGUGUGAGUCAGACGUGUAAACAGACAGCUUCAGGAUGCCACAUAGGUGCCACAAAAACCUCAAAAAUGAUUAAUCCUUAACAGAAAAG